CAGCAGAAACUACAAGUACUGUUCACUGAAUGCUCAAAAGAACUACAAUUUUUCAUAUACUUACGCAGUAGGCCUACGAUAUGCAAGCUCUUUAAAUGUACGUGCAACAUGGCUGCACAACUUGACUGGGUACGCACAAAAGUAGAAGAUAAGGCAAGGGACAGCUUUGAUAAAUUAACUAAAGAGAAGAAAAAGAAGAAGAAACGGGAACUUUCGCCGUCCGCUGACAAACGCCUGAGAUCCGAGAAAGACGCAAAGAAAGUGAAGCUCCAUCAUCACCACCACCAUCACCAAGAACAUGCUCAACAGCGGGCGCACCAGCCGCAUCAGCAGCAACUCAAUCAAAAUGUUCGUACCUGCACCUCCGAAAAACCUGUCGUACAUCACCACUAUCACAAUCAUCGCCACAAUCACAUCAAAAUAGUCAGGAAAGACCCUGCGUCACAGCAUCCCCUACCUCCUCAACGCAAGGUGAUACCCGCGGCGCAACAUGAACAGAAGAGAGCUGUGCCCCCCGUGUUUCCUCCCGUUACGCCUGGACUGUUCACAUUCACACCCCUAAAAGUGGCCAAGGACAAAAGCCUGGAUAACAAGGAGAAGCAUAGGGAAAAAGACCUCAAACUUAAACCCAAGAAAGAAAACACAGCGGCUAACGUUAAACAUGCAUUACUCAAGAAAAAUAAAGAGCCCCGGCCCCGUGACGAGAACAUCCGGUCUCCAACCCUGGAGGAGUACCUCCUGAAGAAGAAGAAGAAGAAGAGAAGGCACCGCGAGGAGGAGUGCGGCAAGAGGGUCCGCACACACAACCAGGAGGUCCAGACCGUGGAGCAGAACUCCCCCUCCCGACCUCCCGGCCCCUCUCUUCUGUCGAACGUGAAGGAAGAGAGGCCCUGCCAGCCUGCGACGGGUGCCAACGGGAACAGCAUGCCUAAGGCAGGGCCAGCCCCCUUCCUGUCCCACCAGGACCACUACAUCCGCAGCUCCUGCCUGCAGACCGGCUCCUGGCUCAGCCGCUUCAUCCACGAGGAGAGGCAGGCCAACGGAGGAGGCCUGGUGCUGCAUGCCUACGCUGACGAGCUGGCCUGUCUGCGCCCUGCGGACAUGGACUGCUUUGCCCAGGAGUUCCUCAAGCUGGCGUUUUGUGAGAAGCCCCGGGGAGCGGCCCGCUACGCCCUGGCAGUGGUGCACAGGGCCGCUGCCUACCUGCCGGACUUCCUGAAAUACUUUUCUUUCAACUUCCCCAACACCCCAGUCAAGAUGGAGAUUCUAGGGAAAAAGGACAUUGAGACCACCACCAUCGCUAACUUCCACUCUCAGGUGAACCGGACCUACUGUUCAGGGACAUACCGGGCUGGGCCCAUGAGACAGAUCAGCCUGGUCGGAGCCGUAGACGAGGAAGUGGGGGAUUAUUUCCCAGAAUUCCUGGAUAUGCUGGAGGAGUCCCCCUUUUUGAAGAUGACUUUGCCCUGGGGAAGCCUCUCCAGUCUGAAGCUGGACUGCCGUUCCCAGAGUGACGAUGGGCCCAUCAUGUGGGUCCGGCCAGGAGAACAGAUGGUGCCGACCGCUGACAUGCCCAAAUCUCCCUUCAAACGGCGCAGGUCCAUGAAUGAGAUCAAGAACCUUCACUACCUGCCCAGGACCAGUGAGCCCAGAGAGGUUCUGUUUGAGGACCGGACCCGGGCCCAUGCCGACCAUGUGGGCCAGAGCUUUGACUGGCAGAGCACUGCCGCUGUGGGGGUUCUGAAGGCUGUUCAGUUUGGGGAGUGGAGUAACCGGCCACGGGUAACCAAAGACGUUGUGUGUUUCCACGCGGAGGACUUCAACAAUGUGGUUCAGAGACUGCAGCUGGACCUGUACGAGCCCCCAGUGUCACAGUGUGUCCAGUGGGUGGAUGAUGCCAAGCUAAACCAGCUAAGGCGCGAGGGCAUCCGUUACGUCCGCAUCCAGCUGUGUGACGACGACAUUUACUUCAUCCCCCGGAAUGUCAUCCACCAGUUCAAGACUGUCUCCGCAGUCUGCAGCCUGGCCUGGCACAUUCGCCUGCGCCAGUACCAAACUGAGGGCCUGGAGGAGGAACACAGACCCAGCCACCAAAGCCCUUUCUCAGGACUGGUCUCCUCCCCUGCCCAGCCCCACACCCCCAUGGCCCCCUGCGCUCACCCUCAGGCCCACACAGAUGCCACCCAGGGUGGGAUGGCCCAGACGGAAGAGCCCAUCUUCCAGAGGUCAGACACUCCAUCCAGAAAUCCCCAGCCGGCAGCCCCUCAGCCAGCCAAGUCUGCCCACCUGCCCCCCCUGUACCAGGACCCCCAGCCCCGUGGGACCAUCCUCCGGCUCGAGCCCUCCCACCUCUGAGCCCAUGCUUCCACAAGCCCUGGUACAUCACAGUGCCCACUACCCCUCCCCACACAUCGAUGGACCACACCACCCUUCAAACCCUCCCCCCUGAGUGGGGCUCAAAGAAGGACCAUUUUAAACAGUCUUCAAUUCUCCAGAGCAUCUAUUGUUCUAUGUGUAGACGUUAGUUUAGAGAUGGCCCUGGAGAUAUUUUCUUCUCUGCCAGUUUAUAGAUUUAAAUAACUUGAUACAUUUGCUGAAUGUCUAGCAUUUGCUCCAUACUUUAUCUCCUAGUGUUUCAAAGCUAACUGUCAUAACACCCCAAAAUCUAGGUCAGGCCUGUAUCAUGUAAAACAUUUAUGGUAAUAGAUUUUUAGAGAACAGAAGUGCCUGCCACAUUUAAAGAGCAAUCAUGCCUCUCAAAUACAAUUGGUUGUAUUCUUGACCCAAAUUUUAUAACCUUUUGUACUCUUGAAUUUUAAUUCAAUUUCAUACCCCAAAAGCUAUGGUGUUUUUAUUUAAACUGUGCCACUUAUAUUGUGCUGUAUCCUGUUUUUGGUGUUAUAUUUAUUUGAACAGGAUGAUAGAGUGUGGAUAGUUGUUUGGGAUUCGCUGAGAGAGAGAUCAUUCUGGAUGAGAUGAAGGAACCUGUGGGUGGGACAUUUCCCUUGGCAUAACUGUUUCUGCUCAGCACUCAAGUGAAAAAUGUCUAUACUUUUAAAUAUGAAUUGAAUGUAAUGUAUGAUGUUGUGUUCUGUUGCAAAAUAUAUGAAUACUGUCAGUGCACUCAUGUCAUAUGUUUUAUUUAUCUGUAUGUUAGCUGGUCAUUUGUUAUAAAGGAUAUAUGGAUGAUUGCAACAUAAUAGGCUAAGUGGGAGAGCAGUGUAGUGGCAAAGGAGUCUGAAUCUGUUUUGCACAUUGUAUACCUGGUGGUACA